UUGCCCCAUCUCAAGUGUUCAACUUUUUCAUUUACUUUUAUCUUUUUCACUCGUCAGGGUCGCCAAGGUCGCGGUAACAUUUACGUCUGGGCCUCUGGGAAUGGCGGGCAAGCAGGCGAUUCUUGUGCCUGUGAUGGAUAUUCAAGUAGUCUGUUCACGAUCUCAGUCAGCGCCGUUAGCGAACUAAACCAUCGCCCUUGGUAUCUGGAGCCCUGUUCUUCAACUCUGACCAGCACCUAUAACAGCGGGUCUCCCUCAGAGAGAAUGAUUGUUACCAUAGAUUUGAAUGAUAGCUGCACAGAGGCACAUACAGGUACUUCUGCCAGCGCUCCUCUUGCCGCUUCAAUAAUUGCUCUACUGCUCGAAGCCAAGUGA